AUGUCCAAACCAGGCAAAUACCUCCUCCUCUCCCUCCCCACCUCCAUCGUCCCCUCGCAUCAUAAAGAUGAUGCCCUCGAAGCCGUCUCGACAACCGUCGCCCCGGAAAAUGGCUCGGUGGCCUCCUUCCCUAUCCCGGGGUUCAAAAUCGGUACACUAGAUGCUCUCGUUCAGCAGGCUGAUGAGCUUGCUAAGCUUGAGGGACAAUGUCAGGGUGUUGUUGGGAAGGUGGGCGAUGCGUUGAAGAAUAUCCUUGAUGGAGAUGAGGCGCAGAUUGAGAGAAUGAAGGUUGUCAAUGAUAAACCCGUGGACCAGUAUCUGCGCUCGUUCCAGUGGAAUAAGGUCAAGUAUCGGGCUGAUAAGUCGUUGGCGGAAUUGAUUGAUUUGCUUUCCAAGGAAGCUGCUAGCAUCGACAAUGAUAUCCGGUUUAAGUAUUCGCAAUAUAACCAGGUUAAGAAUAAUCUGGCUACACUGCAGCGUAAACAAGCAGGAAACCUUUCCACAAAAUCUCUCGCCUCUAUCGUCGAUCCCAAGUCCAUCGUUCACGACUCAGAGUAUAUCGAAACUCACCUCGUCGCUGUUCCCUCGCAACUAGUCAAGGAUUUCCUUAAGAUCUAUGAAACCGUCUCCGCGAUGGUUGUCCCUCGCUCUGCGCAAUUGGUCGCAUCUGACAGUGAAUUCUCGCUGUACGCCGUGACAACCUUCAAGAAGCAUAGCGCCGAGUUUGUGCACAAGGCUCGUGAACAGAAGUGGAUUCCUCGUGAUUUCAAGUAUGUUGAGGGUGGUAAGGAGGAGGAGCGGAAGGAGGUAGAGAGGGUUGGAGGGGAUGAGCGUAAGCUUUGGGGAGAGACAUUGAGACUUGGACGGACGGCUUGGAGUGAAGCUGUUAUGGUCAUGGUUCAUGUGCUUGUUUUGAGGGUCUUUGUUGAGACUGUUCUUCGGUAUGGAUUGCCGUUGGACUUUGUUAGUGCUUUGGUUCGGGUUCCAUCGGCGAAACAAGCGGACAAGGCUAAGCAGAACCUUGAGGAGAAGUAUAACUAUUUGGCUGGGAACGCGUUCGGGCGCGACAAGAAGGGUCGCGUUAAGAAGGAUGAUCCUAAUGAGAUGCAUGGGACUGAGGGUGGUGCAGACUACACGGCCUAUGUGUUCUAUGAGUUUGAGUUCAACUGA